AUGAUAGACCAAAUUGACCAUUUCAAUGCCGCAAUCAUAGAGAAGUAUCAGGCUCACAAGCUACUGGAAAUAACUCUGAAGUACAGUAUGGAACUUGCAGGUCCGAUUCAAAUACUGAAUAUAUUUAAUGUAAAGUUAAUAUUGUUUUUAGCUUUUGUAAUAGCUUUGGAUGUAUGUUUAGUGUUUUCUUUGGAAUCAUGGAGUUUUAAAUGAUGCUCUUACAUUGAGGACAUCAUAGGAAUCAACCAACACUUAUUCACGGCCGCCAUCUUGGAAGCAAAUGAUUCGCCAUUUUGUAAACAAUUGGGAGGAUCAAAAGAACCAAUUGAAGACAAGUCGCUUACCUACAUAAUGAUUAUCUAUGGCCUUGGAAAGAAAAAAAAAGCAGAGAGCACUGUUUGAACAAAAAGUCCAGACUCAAAAUGUCAAUGUACACCCAAGAACCUACACUCCUCACAGUCACUCUGACCAUAUGAUUCCCAUAAUGCCGUGCUAACGACCAAGUUUAGGAAGCAGCAAAAACUCAAGACUGAAAACAAGAUGUGCAAUGUGACCUAAACAAAUGUCCAUUUAUUUGGAUCAAUAAAAGCAUAGUAUUUUAUUUCUAAUAUAACAAUAUAGGAUAGAAUUGUAUUUAAUCAUAUUUCUGACAGCAUUUUGUUAGUUUCAUUAAAAAAUGUGGUACUUUAUCAUAUUUAUAAAAUUAUAGGAUUAAUAUUUCAGAAUGUGUUAAUUUACUUAUUCCAGCACUUGAUGAUGAUAAUUUUAAUGAAAAUGUAUCUGCUGAUGGAUGUUCCUCCCACUACUUUGAAGAGACUUCUUCAAGUGUUCGAGGA